AUGGAUAACAUAGCUCUCAAUUUGCCCUUCACCCUGACCAUAUUGGCGGGGUCUUAUAUCCUGUACUCACUUGGCCGUAUUAUCUACAAUCUUUACUUUUCCCCUCUUUCCAAAUUCCCGGGCUCAAAAUGGGUGAUUGCAACUUACUGGCCGGAGUUUUACUAUGACUGGUGGUGCAAUGGGAAAUACCUCUUUGAAAUUGAGAAGAUGCAUGAUAAAUAUGGUCCUAUAAUUCGAAUCAAUCCUGAAGAGCUGUCUAUUCGUGACCCGGACUUUUACAAUGAAAUCUACGUCACAGAGAGCAAACGCAGGACAAGUCACUAUGACGUUUUCUGCAAAGGAAUCGAUUUUGAUGGUCAGCAAAUAUAUAACCUUGACACAGAGAGAUGCAAAAAUUGUUGUCCAAUUGCUAACCUGAUACUAGGAUCGCAUUUACUUACCGUAGACCAUGAUCUCCAUCGCCGUAGGCGAAAGCCACUCGAGCCAUUCUUCUAUCGCCAGGGAAUUAUGCGGCUUCAAGACAUGCUGGCAGAAGUUGCCCUCAAGCUUGAGUCACGAAUUAGAGCCCUUGAAGGGACAAACACGGUGAUUCGACUGGACCAUGCCUUCUCCGCAUUCUCCGGGGAUAUCAUUGGGAAAAUCUGCCUGGACAGCGGGGAUGACAGCAAGACGUUUUUGAGUCACCCAACGUUCAACCCUGAGUGGUACGACACCAUCCACACGAUUGUUCGAUCAAUUCCCUUGUUUACAGCCUUUCCAUGGAUUGUCCAGGGCCAAAUGUUCAAUAACUUCAAAGAGGUCGCUAAACAGCACAUCUAUCGAGCCUUGAAAGAUACAGAAGAAAGUAAAAGGACAGGCAAAGAGGAUACCAAUCAUGCCUCUCUUUUCCACUAUAUCGCAACGAGCGAUAUGCCCGAAUCAGAACGGUCCCCGGAACGACUAGCCAAGGAGGCCCAGGUCCUACUUGGUGGUGGAACCGCCAGUACUGCACGUACUAUUGGCUUUACAUCAUUCUACAUCAUGUCUAACCCGAAUAUCCGGUCGAGGCUAGAAGAUGAACUCAGGGAUGUGAUGGCAGACUGGCCACAGCGCGUCCCUUCUUGGGCUGAGCUCGAAAAAUUGCCCUUCCUGCAGGCACUCAUCAAGGAAUCCCUUCGCCUCAGCUACGGUGUCAUGCACAGACUCCCCCGUAUCUCACCAGACGUGCCUAUCCAGUACAAGCAAUACACUAUCCCGCCUGGUGUCCCCGUCGGCAUGUCAGCUUAUUUCAUGCACUCUGACCCCAAAGCAUUCCCCGAACCAGACAAGUACAUUCCAGACCGAUGGCUCGGAAAGGUGACUCCUGAAAUGCACAGGAGCUAUGUCCCAUUCACACGAGGGUCCAGAAACUGCCUGGGAAUGAAUCUUGCCAUGUCCGAGAUGAGCCUUAUCCUGGCCGUCCUUUUCCGACCCAACGGCCCCAAGUUUGAGCUAUUCGAGACGGACGAGAGCGACGUAAAGCAAGCCCACGACUUCCUUAUUCCCCUGCCGAAGAUUGAAACGAAGGGAGUUCGAGCUAUCAUUCCCUAG